AUGGACAAAGCUGAACAAGCUGCCGGAUCACAGGCCGGAUCCGCACCACGGCGCCGACCCGGGCGUCCACGGAUGAGCGAAACCGGUCACGAGACGCCAAGUGAAGAAGCUAGGAGAACUCGAAUGAGACUUGCACAGCGGUCGUAUCGUAGCCGGAAACAGACCGCGUUGAUUUGUGCGAAAGCUCGAGCUGAGGCACUCGAGGUGGCUUUGGAUGGCUCCAUUGACGAGUUCAUCAAAUUUUAUGAGCGUGUCUCACAGAGGGGAAAUGAGCUGCCAACGGGGCUUAUGACGCAGCUCAACCAGACAGCGAUGAAUAUCGUGUCUAUAGCAAGAAAGGCUCGCCUGGAGAAGUCCAUUGUCGCCGGCGACCAGGAUCAGGCUCUUGACGAAGACGCGGCAGAUGCGGCUGCAGAGCCUGAUUCUGGUCAUGAGCCUACGAAUGAUCCAAUACGUGAUGCCGCGGAAGAGACUCAUAUCACUGCGAUCCAACGGCAAGAGCAGACGUAUGAGACAUUCACCACUGGCAAACCGGCUCCCGUAUCACAGCGGUUAAUGUUGGCCUGUCUGACCAAAGCCAUCUCGCUCCUGCAGCUAAGAAACCUUUCAAUUGUCGCAGUGAACCCAGCGAUGCUGCUACCACUUCAGUUGGAGCGGGCGGAAAGGCUUCUCGAGAGAGUUGCCCACCGUCUUUCCGGAAGCCCGAGCGCAUUCACUGCCGAUUGCCAGUAUAGCGAUGGUCGAGACGUCUACUUGCCCAAGAUGAUGAGAUUAACCGAGGGCAACUUGGACACUCUAACGCCGAGAUCAUCACCGCCGAACCUACAGAGCUUGCAAUUUGGGAGGACAAGGACAAUGCUUCACACUGCCAUCUCCGAUCUCCAAGGUGAAUGGCUCGAGGCGCCAGAUGUUGAAGAGUACCUCGAGCAGCGAGGAAUAUUUGUUCGCAUGGGCUCCCCCAGCGAUGUUAUAAGCCUAUCAGCUCCUGCACAUGACGACACUCCAUUACUGGGGCCUUCAGCAUCGGAUAUAUAUAUUCCUCAUGGCAUAAAUAACCCGCGAUCACAUGCAAUAAACCAUAUGUCGAAUACUCAAAGAACGGCGGACCCCAGUCAAGGUAGUAGCAUCUCAGAAAGCCACUUCUACCUCGGGGAUCACAUCGCGCAUGAAGGGAUACCAGGGAGGCGUGCUCCUCUGCCAGAGCACGAUUUUACCAUCUUCGGCAAAUUGUUCUUGGACGGUCAAACCAUACCAACGGGACACAGCAACGUUUCACUGUCGGGCUGGUAUCCGGAGAUGCGCAGCUUAGCGGAUAAUGCAGGGUCAGGCCGAGAAACGCGAGAGAGCCUCAAAAUUACCAUUGACAUAGAUAAGCUCAUCCAGGGACUGGCGGAUAAGGCAGUCUGUCUUGGGCCAUGCCCUGGAAUCAGGAGGGUACACGUUGACGAAGCGAUUAGAGGAUCAGUGAGUAAAUUCCAGCAGUGA